AUGGGCACCUGCUCAGAAGACCCCCACGUGUGCGGGGCCUCCUGGCUCCUGCGAUUCACCAGCCUCCUCCUUGAUUCUGCGCUCUGGUAUUUCCUCUGCAACCUCACAGGCCCAGGCGGAGUCAGCAGGGAGGCAGCCGGCCAUGGGCGCCUGCUCAGAAGACCCCCAUUUGUGUGGGGCCUCCUGGCUCCUGCGAUUCACCAGCCUCCUCCUCAAGGCUGCCCGCAUGCCGGCUGUGAGACACUGGACCAUGCGGUCACGGUGCCGGGGGGCAUCUUGGCCAUCCUGAUCAUCCCAACCCGGUUCUACCGCGGGGACCGCCCGGGCUCCGACUGGCACGGCAGCAUCGGGUCGAAUUUGGAUUGGGAGGUCCCCACGAUUCGUUGCCGGGCAACCCGAGGGCUGGAGGAAGGCGUCCCCUUGUCCACCACUGGGUUGCGGAAAAACUGUGUCGACUGCCGUAGAGGCGUCUGCAACACUGUGACCCAGCGUCCUGGAGCCCGUGGGUCUGCCAUGGACUAUUCUGGAAACCCUGUUACUCUGAAGGGGACUCAAGGAGCUUCUGUGCUGUUUCUAGCGAUCAGAAAUCCAGAAUUACCUCCAGAAUUUGAGUUGGAGAAGAUGUCUUGGGGCAUCGCAUCCAGAUCCAAUUACGUAGUCAUGCUGCAUGUGUUUCCUGGGAGAGAUGUUCCAGAAUGGGUCAACUUGCAGGGCAAGUUCGAAAAGAGGGUCCAUGUGGUCAACACAACGACCCUGAGGAUUGACAACCUGACCCUUGAGGACAGUGGGCGGUACCGGGCUCGACAGUCCUAUACAGGAGGAAGACAGUAUGACCAGGAUUUCCACCUGACGGUCUACGAGCCUGUGCCCCGUCCCCAGAUCCGGGCCACACUUGUGUCCCUCACACCAGGCGGGUGCAACGUCACAGUGGAGUGUAACACCACAGGAACCAGGGAGGACCUGACCGUGUCCUGGGAGAGCGAGGGUCUCCCCAGGGAGCUGGAGCAGAGACCGGCCCCAGGACCAGCCCCCAACCCCUGGACACUGGCUGUGAACCUGCCCCUGAGCCGGCCCAGCCCCAGCCUCACCUGUGUGGUCAGCAACCAGGCGGACCAGAGAACUGCCUCCCAGGACCUUGGGGACGUCUGUGGCCGCGAUCCAACUGGAGAAGCCUCUGCUGUCCACGAGGGAGUCAUCCCAUGGAUUGUUCUUCCUGUGCUGGGGGUCCUCGGAGCUCUACUGUGACUUCAUGUGACAAGUAGGAAGAAGAUGAUGGAGCCUGGGAGAGGCAGGUUGCACUUCUCCAUCCCGCACUGGGCCCUGGGUUCCUGUCCUGUAUCUCUCGGCUCAGGGGAUGUCCCUGCAGGCGGCUGGCUGCUGUGGCCGUGGCUGUGGGGGCCAUGGAGGCAGAGGGAGGGGACAGGCUUCCAGGGUCAGAGUCAACCUCCGUCUGUGUGUGACUCAGGGGCAGGAUCACAGGAGGAGCCCAGGGACCCUGAUUGUGGCAUCUAAUAGAAAGCAGGUGUCUGGAGACACCGGGGAUGGGGAUGGGGCAGCCUGGGUUCUCCCAAGUCCCUCUGUGCCCAGGUGCCAAUCCCAGUUACUUGCAGCUUCUGGACUCCAUGCCUCUGUACCCUUUCUGGACAACGCAGUAUUAACUUAAAAAUUCUCCAGGGGUCCAUGGGACCCCAGAGGGGAAAGAGCGUCCGAGUGGGAAAGUGUCUGUUUGGGAGCAACUCCUGCCGUGUGUCUUCCUCAGCCCCAGACCCCGCCACACCGUGGCUGACCCUGGAUGGGGGAUCAUUCCCCGCACCAGGCACCUUUGUGGUUCUUGCAUCCCUACUCGGUGUCCUAGAGUCUCAGGCAGUCCUGACGCCGUGUCCCUGCAGCUCAGGUCAGACCCCACGGGGUAGGGUUCGAGGUCUCUGCACCGGCACCGGCACUGGGACGCCAGGCAAGCUGUGGUCUGUGCCUCUGUGCACCUGCGGUGACUGGCAGGUUCCCAUGAGCUGCUUGUCCGGUUGGUUAUUUGCUGGAGCAGCUCACGCGACAACGGGGACUCAGUCCCUUCCAGCCUAGAGUUUGGUUUGCAGAACGAGCCGGUGACAGGGGGGCCGAGAAUGAGGCAUGUGGGGAGGGGUGCGGAGCUGCCUUCCCUCUAGGCGAGCCCUUCCCCCACAGCACCUGUGUGUUCUCCCACCCAGAAGCCCUUUGAACCCCGAUCUUUUGGGGUUUUCUGGAGACGUCAUUACGUGGGUACCGCUGAUUAAAUCCUUGACCGCUGGGGACUGGGGAACUCGUGCUCCAGCCCUUCUCCCUCCCCGAUGGUCAGUGAGUGGGUCCCUAAGUUCCCACCUGCUAACAGGGUUCACACGUCAGCAGCCGGGCCCUGACCUUGGCAGUUUUCAGAAAGUUAUGUCAUUACCACAAGUUCAGGGGCGGCUGUAGGGCUUGUCGUGAACAACCCAACACCCAAUCCACCUUCACGGCUCUGGCCCGAUUGCAGGAACUGGGAGCCAUCCUGAAUAUAACAAGAGAUGCCCCUGGGUUCCCAUAUAGGACCUGACCAGAUUCCGGGGUCUGCGUGCCUGGGCUAGUGUAGGAAGACUGACACCUGCUUCUGUUAUGAGUCACAAGAGAGGAUUACAUUAUUGUCCAAAUAAUGACAUUGUCUAGGACCCACUCUGAACUUUUUAUUAUAAUUAUAAUUAGUUCUUUUUUCUACUCUGGCUCUGUGACCGCGCACUCAGCAGGUGUCCCCCAGCGGCUCCUUCUCCGUCUCUCUUUCUGACCCUCCUCUGCUGGUCAGCGCCAGGCCCUCGGUUCUCCCCUGGCCAUACUUCCUCCCUCGUGACUUAAGAGACCCCCAGGGCUCUCGGCAGCCCGGCCAUGCUGAGGCAGCAGCUCCAGCCCUGACGGGACCCCCACCCCGACUGCCUGAUGAACUUCUGCUCUCAAAGCCAAGUGACCAUGUGGAGCACUGAGUCCCCAUCUCCUGCCUCCCCGCCCCUACACCGGCUCCUCCCUGGGCUUUCUCGAUACCUACAGCUCAGGAACGUCACAGCGUCCUACAGCUGCUUCAGCCGAACUCCUGGAAGUCACCUUGCAUUCUCUUUGCCUCCACUCUGGGGUCCGAGCACCAGUGAGCCCUGGUUCCCAGGUCCCUCCCCUUCCCUCCCAUCGCAUCCCUCUCUCCGGGCACCUGUGCCAGGACCUCCUCCCUGAGCUCCCUCAUCCUGGUCUUGUCCAUGUUAUUUCACCUGCAUUUGGAAAUUUCUUCAAGUGCCUUCAUUCAUAGUGUUUCCCUAUAAUUUUCAAUGUUGUUCUUAUCUGUGUUUAUGCCUUGAUCCUCAUUCCUAAUGACAAUUACGUAGAACUUCAA